AUGUGGUCGACGUCCAUCAUGAAAGGCUUGGUAGCCACAGGAUAUCUCAUUGCGAGUGCCAGUGCUGCUGCAGUACUGGCAACUCGCGAUGCAGCUACUUGCCCUGGCUACGAAGCAACAAAUGUGAAAACAAAGCAGGGGAGCAUUGUCAGUGCCGACCUCACUCUUGCUGGACCUCCUUGCAAUGUGUAUGGCACGGAUCUGAACAAUUUAGUACUACAGGUUGACUACGAAACCGAGACACGCCUUCACGUCAAGAUUUAUGAUGCAGCUGAACAGGUCUACCAAGUACCCACUUCCGUUCUACCACGACCAGAAAGCACAAACAUCAAUCCGGCGAAAUCAGACUUGAAGAUCACAAUUGUAAACAGUCCAUUUUCAUUCAAAAUAACCCGCAAAUCCAAUGGCGAAGUUCUCUUCGAUACAGCCGGUCAGCCAUUGAUCUUCGAGUCUCAAUAUCUCGGACUGCGCACCAGUCUUCCUGAAUCACCCUAUCUUUAUGGGCUGGGUGAAAGCACUGAUCCUUUUCCACUGCCAACAAACAACUACUCCCGCACCCUUUGGUCCCGUGAUGCUUACUUGACUCCGCAAUACUCCAAUUUGUACGGGAAUCACCCUGUAUACUUUGACCAUCGGGGAGCAAAGGGUACUCACGGCGUAUUCCUUUUGAACAGCAAUGGAAUGGACAUCAAAAUCGAUCAGGACAAAAAUGGUCAAUAUUUGGAGUACAACACUCUUGGAGGCGUUUUGGAUUUUUACUUCUUAGCUGGACCAAGUCCAAAAGAUGUUGCCGUUCAAUAUUCCGAGACCGUCGGAAAGGCAGUCAUGAUGCCGUACUGGGGAUUCGGCUUCCACAACUGUAGAUACGGCUACCAGGAUGCUUUUGAGGUUGCAGAAGUUAUCGCUAACUACAGUACUGCUAACAUACCACUCGAGACGCAAUGGACUGAUAUUGAUUACAUGGACUUGCGAAAAGUGUUCACACUAGAUCCAUUGAGAUAUCCAGUGGAUCUUGUCCGUCAGGUCGUGUCCUAUCUCCAUAAACAUGACCAGCAUUACGUCGUGAUGGUCGACCCUGCAGUAGCUUAUCAGGAUUAUGUGGCAUUUAAUAAUGGAGUUGAUGCCGGUGCGUUUCUGACAGUUUCUAAUGGAUCGGUGUAUCAGGGUGUAGUCUGGCCUGGACCUGCUGCAUUCCCUGACUGGUUCGCAUCAAACACACAGUCUUACUGGAACAACCAGUUCGCGACAUUUUUCAGUCCUGAUGACGGUGUGGACAUUGAUGCUCUGUGGAUCGAUAUGAACGAAGCCUCCAAUUUCUGUCCCUACCCUUGCUCCGAUCCCGCAGCGUUUGCUGUGUCCAAUGGAGAUCCUCCAGCUCCUCCAGCAGUGCGGAUUUCGUCUCCCCGUCCUAUUGCUGGCUUUGGGCCCGAUUUCCAGCCCCAGUGUAUUGCUAAUGUGAACUUUACCGUCUACGCGGAGACAUACUUUGGUGAAAAUAUCUACGUCCUCGGAGACUCGCCUACCCUCGGGUCAGGGCUUGUCUCUGGAGCUGUCGCAAUGAGUGCCAACAAUUAUCCGGAAUGGCAGGUUACCGUUCAGAUGCCCGCCAACAACACGUUUUCAUAUGAAUAUGUUCGCAAGGAGAGCGAUGGUAGCUGGAUCUAUGAAAGCAGCAACCGCACUAUCACCACUGGUGACUGCCACACUGGACUACAGUCUGUCUCAGACACCAUAACCACCAGCUCGGGAAAUCGAAAGAGAGGAAUCACACCUGUCCCAGUUGUUCGCUCCCCAGUAGCAGCGGCAUUACAGAAACGAGAUGGUUCUAUGCUCGGACUUUCUGAUCGGGAUUUGAUCAAUCCCAAAUAUUCCAUCAACAACACCGCUGGCUCAAUUAGCAACUUAACCAUCCAAACAGACCUUGUUCAUGAAAACGGUCUCGUUGAAUAUGAUACCCACAACAUGUAUGGUACCAUGAUGAGUGCCGCCAGUCGCAAUGCAAUGCUUAAUCGUAGACCCAGUGUCCGCCCUCUCGUGAUUACUCGUUCCACCUUUGCCGGUGCUGGUCGUCAAGUAGGCCAUUGGCUUGGUGACAACCACGCCGACUGGGAUCACUAUCGUUGGACUAUUGCAGAGCUUCAGGAGUUUGCUGCUAUCUACCAGAUCCCCAUGGUUGGAAGCGAUAUCUGCGGCUUUGACGGAACGACUACCGAUGAAUUAUGUUCUCGCUGGGUUUUCCUCGGCGCAUUCUCUCCAUUCUUUCGUGAUCACUCCGACAAUACCUCGCCUCCACAUGAGCUCUAUCGGACUGACGCUAUUGCGAAGGCGGCUCGUACUGCCAUUGACAUUCGUUACCGUUUGCUGGAUUAUGCCUAUACUGCGUUAUGGACACAGACUCAGACUGGCUCGCCAAUGAUCAAUCCUAUGUUCUUCGAAUACCCAACCGAUAUGAACACGGCAACGCUCCCUUAUCAGUUCUUCUGGGGUGACAGCAUUCUCGUGGCUCCUGUUACUGAUGAAAACUCGACAUCCGUCUUUGUCUACUUCCCUCGUGAUUUGUUUUAUGACUUCUAUACCGGGAAACCCGUGACUGGAAAGGGAGCAGCCGUCACUUUGACUGAUAUCGCCUUCGAUACUAUUCCUUUGUAUUAUAAGGGUGGCAGUAUCGUCCCUCAAAGAAUUGCCUCUGCCAACACAACGGCUUUGUUGCGUCAGCAAAACUUUGAGAUUGUCAUUGCCCCUAAUGCUUUCGGACAAGCAUGUGGCACUUUGUAUCUGGACGACGGAGACAGCAUCGACCAACCAAAAACCUCUGUGAUCAACUUCGAGUACUUGGAUGGCCUGUUUUCGAUGACGGGUACGUUCGGAUAUGAUGCUGGCAAUGUGGUGAUUAGUCAAAUUACUGUUCUGGGACAGAAUGUGCAGAAGCAUUCUGUCGACCUGAAGUUGUCUGGGCCUUCUGUCGGUAUAUACUUGUGAUGACUGUAUAUUGGACUGUCCAUAGUAUAAAUUACG